ACACAGCGCGGAUGUUUGUUUGCCGCCAAAUCAAACGUCAAAUUUGACAGCUACUAAUCGAUGUAAUUUUUUGACAAUCCUCAGAACUAAAUUUCGCAAAAAAUACAUAUUUAAGUGCAUUCACUCACGAAUUAUUCAAAUUUUUGUUACAAAAGCUGCAUUUUUGCUGUUGUAAAGCUGCUAAAAACUUUCAAAAAAUCCCUCUCCGCUAACACUGGUUGCUCACCCCUGACCAGCUGUCAACAAACGCAACGAGCCAUCUCGCCAAACGUCACAACACUCGUUCAAAACAAACACCGCGGUUUCUACAACGCCGCAGAGCAUUUUACCGGGACUAGUGGGCUAGUGUUUUGCUAUUGUUUCGUGUCCUUCCAAAAGCCGACUCCCCGGCCUUAAACAUUGGACACACACCGCCUCCAUCGUGCGGUACAAAUCACUUCAAACCAAGUGUUUACUACCCGUGAAAUCACUGUUUAUGCCACCUCCCGGUCACCAGCAUCAUCAUGAGCAAAAAGGACUCGGACAACGUGUGCUUCUGGCUGCCGAACCAAACGGCCGGCAAGAUGGAUGUGCUAACGCCCCACAAAAUGAUCGUCGUGUUUCUCAUCCAGGAGUAUCUGCGGCUCAAGAAAACGGUCGCCGAAGGAGCUACCCGCGAGCAACCGCACCAAAUCGAGGUGAAAGCCGGCGAUAGGAAGCGCUUCUGCCUGCUGCUGCUGAAGCUCAUCCAGUACCCCGACCUACCGUACAAGGAUCUGUACGGGCUGCUGCUAUCCCCGGUGUACGGCGUACACCCGGUGCAUUUGGAAGAGUUCAAAAAGCUGAUGAAGCUACUGAAAACGGUCGGCAUCGAUGUAAUGUUCGAUCUGUACAAUGAAAUCGAUAAGCUGAUUGUGGACAAUACGGCCAGCUUCCAGAUCGGCAUCGUGGGGCUGUACCUGCGCAAAGUGUUCGUCACGAUGGACCGCAUGAGCUUUCACGAGAUGAAGGAUCUGUAUCUCGCGACCAUCGCCUACUACGAUAAGGGUAUGCACGCCAUCCGGCUCGAUCCGUGCCCGGAUGCCAGCUACGAUUGUGACAGCCUGAAGCAAACGCAGAACCAGUACACCCCGAUCGAACCAUCGGACCAUGGGCAGCUUUCCGCCAAAUGGUCCGUCAAACAGUCGGAACUGUUUAUUGCGCAGCAGAGCGCCCUGCUGAAGGAGAACGAAGCGAAAGCACUCCCACCGAGGGAGCUACAGAAGCGGCUGAAUGAAAUUAUUCACGACCGGCCACACUGUUCGCAGGCGUACUUUCUCACCUACAUGAACUAUCUGCGUGUGCGCGAAUUUUUCGGAGCGGUGCACGCGCUACAGCGGGUGUUCGAUCGGAAUCCGUCGGCCGGUGCGCCCCCGCCCGCAUCGACCGCUACCCCGGAAAGUAAAGAGUACCAGUACUCGAGCCUGAAUCUCGCCAUUCUGCACGCAGAGUUCGGGCAGCCAAAGUUGGCCCGAACUUGCCUGCGGGAAUGCAUAAUGCUUGCGCAGGAAAAUGGUGACACCACGUGCCUGCAGCUAGCGCACGCUUGGCUGUCCCACCUCGAAGGACACAGCAUGCCACUGCCGGACAAAAACACGAGCGGAAGUCUGUUUCACGCCACUUCGCUCCGCAUACUGUCCCAUCUGCGGCACGGAUCUAUAACGGGCGAAUCACCGUCGAAACUGUUCGGGCUGCUAAUGGUAAACGAUCUGCUCAACUGUCAGCGAUCGAUGAUGGAUCUGGUCGCGACUGGGAUUGCCGAACGGACCGCUCUCUGGACCGUGUACGGCAAGCACGAGCAGGCCUCCUUAUGUGCUCAGCUGCUGCUCAACGUCGAUCUCAAAUCGCUCGGUAAAACGUACAACGGAAAUGGCAUCUGCCAGGUGCUUUGUUCGCUGGUCGUACGCCUUGCCCAUCUGGGCGAGUUCGGGCACGCGCUGGUCGUCCUGCAGCACACCAAGCAACGCUUCCCACGCUAUCCACAGUCCCGCGAUUGGCACCUUGCCAACCACUACGUCACCGUGCUGCGGGCCGUCUACCGUGGCCGUUGGGUGGAAGCAACCGCCGAAUGUCAGUACCUGCACACGUACGAUCCCAACCUCUCCAUGCUGCUUUUCGCUCACAUCGCACUGGCGAAGCAAGACUUCAGUACGGCAGAAAACUUUCUGGCACGUCUCACGCAGAAUGAACAGCUCGAACCGCUGACGCGCAUCCGUGCGAUGAUUCUCUCCGCCAACGUGUACCUUCACUGUGGCCACACGAAGGCAUUCCACCUGCUAAACAACGCACUCCUGUACGCCCAAAAGUAUCACCUCCAGUACGAGGAAGCGUUGGUGAAUAUGCAUUUCGCGUACCUGCUGUUGGUGCACUUACAUGCCCCAAGACAAGCGUCGGUAUCGCUCAAAGCCGGUCUCGAAACCAUCCUUGCGAACGGGCCAAUUUACGACCGAGCAAGGGCACUGUUUCUGUUCGCCCGCAUACUGGUCGAGAUGGAGCAACAUUCGCCGGCCAGCAAGCGAUUGCAGCAGCUCACUACCCUGCUGGCAACGUUCGAGGAAGCGAUCGAAAUGUUUGAAAAGCUGGAAUGCUACAGCAAGGCGAAGGAUGUGUACGUUUAUCUGGCAAAAACGUACCACGAGCUAGGAUCGCACGAGGACCGCAACCGUUACUCGUACCGCUAUCGGUUGCUGGAGGAACAGUAUCCCACCGAACGCCAGUAUCUGAAUGUGUUUCUAUAGUGGGGCGAUUGGACAAUUACCUUCGGCGACACGCGCACACUCGUCACCCCGUACCGAUGGCCCAGCAGGGGCGAGAAUGGUUCCUCCUGGAAACCAUUGCCAGCCGCCCAACGCCACACGCGCACCGUUUUGUCACUAUGAUGAGAGAGAGAGAGAGAGAGAGAGAGAAGGUGAGGAAAAGAAGGGCGUAAAAUAAAUGAAAUCCAUUAGUCAUGA